AUGAGCGGGGGCCGCUUUGACUUUGAUGAUGGCGGGGCGUACUGCGGGGGCUGGGAGGGGGGAAAGGCCCACGGGCACGGACUGUGCACAGGCCCCAAGGGCCAGGGCGAAUACUCGGGCUCCUGGAACUUUGGCUUUGAAGUGGCGGGUGUGUAUACCUGGCCCAGCGGAAACACCUUCGAGGGAUACUGGAGCCAGGGCAAGCGGCAUGGGCUGGGCAUAGAGACCAAGGGACGUUGGCUGUACAAGGGCGAGUGGACGCAUGGCUUCAAGGGACGCUACGGAACCCGGCAGAGCAGCAGCAGCGGUGCCAAGUAUGAGGGCACUUGGAACAAUGGCCUGCAGGACGGCUACGGCACGGAGACCUAUGCAGAUGGAGGGACGUACCAAGGCCAGUUCACCAACGGCAUGCGCCAUGGCUACGGCGUGCGCCAGAGCGUGCCCUACGGGAUGGCCGUGGUGGUGCGCUCGCCGCUGCGCACGUCGCUCUCGUCCCUGCGCAGCGAGCACAGCAACGGCACGGUGGCCCCGGACUCGCCCACCUCGCCGGCCACCGACGGCCCCACACUGCCCACGCCCGCCAUCCCGCGCGGUGGCUUCGCGCUCAGCCUCCUGGCUAACGCCGAGGCGGCGGCGGCGCGGGCGGCCAAGGGCGGCGGCCUGUUCCAGCGGGGCGCGCUGCUGGGGAAGAUGCGCCGCGCCGAGUCGCGCGCGUCCCUGGGCAGCCAGCGCAGCCGCGUCAGUUUCCUCAAGAGCGACCUCAGCUCGGGCGCCAGCGACGCCGCGUCCACCGCCAGCCUGGGCGAGGGCGCCGAGGGCGCUGACGAGGCCGCGCCCUUCGAGGCCGACAUCGACGCCACCACCACAGAGACCUACAUGGGCGAGUGGAAGAACGACAAGCGCUCGGGCUUCGGCGUGAGCGAGCGCUCCAGCGGCCUCCGCUACGAGGGCGAGUGGCUGGACAACCUGCGCCACGGCUACGGCUGCACCACGCUGCCCGACGGCCAUCGCGAGGAGGGCAAGUACCGCCACAACGUGCUGGUCAAGGGCACCAAGCGCCGCGUGCUGCCGCUCAAGAGCAGCAAGGUCCGCCAGAAGGUGGAGCACAGCGUGGAGGGCGCCCAGCGUGCCGCCGCCAUCGCGCGCCAGAAGGCCGAGAUCGCCGCCUCCAGGACAAGUCACGCCAAGGCCAAAGCUGAGGCAGCAGAACAGGCUGCCCUGGCUGCCAACCAAGAGUCCAACAUUGCCCGCACUUUGGCCAGGGAACUGGCUCCAGACUUCUACCAGCCAGGUCCGGAGUAUCAGAAGCGCCGGCUGCUCCAGGAGAUCCUGGAGAACUCGGAGAGCCUGCUGGAUUCCCCCCAUCGGGGCCCUGGCGCCGCAGGCCUCUCGGAGCGGCCCCGCGAGAGCCCGGAGCUGCACGAGCACGAGACCCCUGCGCCCGAGGGUGGCCCCCCGUCGCCGACCGGGACACCCCCGCAGCCCAAGCGGCCCCGGCCGGCCGCGGCGUCCAAGGACGGCCUGCUGAGCUCGGGCGCCUGGAACGGCGAGCCCGGCGGCGAGGGCAGCCGGCCGGUCACGCCGUCCGAGGCCGCUGGCCGCCGCAGCCCCGCGCGUCCCGCCAGCGAGCGCAUGGCCAUCGAGGCGCUGCAGGCGCCGCCCGCGCCGUCGCAGGAGCCCGAGGUGGCGCACUACCAGGGCUACCACAGCUACGCCGUGCGCACCGCGCCGCCCGCGCCGCCGCCCUUCGAGGACGAGCCCGAGGUCCCCGCGGCCGACUCGGCGCCCCCGUCCCCGGCCGCCCCCGGCACGGCGGCCCCGCUCCGAGGCUCCGCCCCCGAGAGCCCCGCCAAGCUGGAACCCAAGCCCAUCGUCCCCAAGGCCGAGCCCAAGGCCAAGGCCCGCAAGACGGAGGCCCGGCUGACCAAGGCCGGGGCCAAGAAGAAGGCUCGGAAGGAGGCGGCGACGGCGGCGGAGGUGGAGGUGGAGGAGGUCCCCAACACCGUCCUCAUCUGCAUGGUGAUUCUGCUUAACAUUGGCCUGGCCAUCCUCUUCGUCCACCUCCUGACCUGACCUCAUCCACCAGAGCCAGGAGUUCCUGCUGAGGACGCGUGGACCCAUCUUUUUGCAGUGCCAGGCAGGGCAGCCGAGGAGGACUGAACUCUUGACCUGGAUGCCGGGGGUCCAGCUCGCAUCCACACCACAAACAUUUAAGGGGGCUUCCCGUGGCGCCCAUGCCCGACGCAGGUGGUGCCCAGAGGAAGAGAAAGGGCUGGGCACCCUCCGGGAGCUCUCUGCCCAGCGGCAGGGAAAGCCCUGAAGGCAGAGCCCUGGUCUUGCACACCCUGAUCUGCUCCGUCCCCCAUCCUCAUCCACUCCCUCGCCUUACCCCUAGGUCACCCCCUCCCGGGGCUUUUCUGUGUUUUGGGAGAAGUCACCAAAUCAGGAUGUUAAAUCCCAGUCCCCUUCUUUCUACCCUCCCUUGCUUGCUUUUAUCCUCUGGAUGCCGGGCUGAAGCCUCCCUGGCAAGUGGAGGGAGUGACGAGAUCCUUGCGGUGGGCCAGCGACGAGGCGCUCUGACAGCCCAGCGGCCCUUCCCAUCGCAGUCCGGACCCCGCCCACACUGUCCCUUGCUUACAGAUGUUCUGAACGACAGUAGAGGAAAUGGACAUGUUCCAUUUGAAUACCCCAGGAUACAGUGCUUCUGUCUCCUCCCACCGGUCCAGUUAGCUUUCCUCUGGACCAGUAGAAGAGGGAGAGACG